CUUUCUCGGUCUGAAGCCUCCGGCGAAACGUCAAAGAUGUCCGAUUUCAUCCCAAUGGUGGACAGAGUCUCGGAGUUCGCUAAGGGUCAAGAAGAAAAGCUUGUGAAAUUUGUAUCUGUUGCAGAGAAGUUGGCGCAAGAGUUGAGUGCUCCAAAUGAGAACUUGGAAUCACUUAUUGCCGGCUUAAAAAAGGAAGUGGAGUCUGUAAGGGCUUUCAAGAAUGAACACCAGAAGCUGCCGGUGGAAAUGGAAGAUCUGAAACAGGCUUCUGGAUCCCUGCCUUCUAGCUCCACCAUUGCUGAAAAAUCUGUUGAGCGCCAGAAGCGUCCGAGGAAUGAAAGUUCUGCUGAAGAUGAGAUGAUGAGGCCGAUGGGUGUACAACUGGUACAAGAGCUGGAUUCUUUUGAGGCAGUAGUGAAGAAUUUGAAGAACAGACAAGCGAGAUUUCUUGAUGAAUUCUCAGAAGCAUCAAAACAAAGGCUAAAGAGAGGAGGAAGCUAAAGAGGUAGAUGGAAAGCUAAUGAGGAACAG